AUGUUUGUCAAUCUUUCCUCCAGUCUGAAGCUUUCUAAGCUCUUAGACCUUACUUUAGCUGAUUGUCAACUAAAGGAAAUUCCUGAGCUUCCAAAAAGUCAAAUUAUUUUAAUUGCAAGUCACUGCAAAUCAUUUGUCAGCACUCCAUGGAAGAUAAUGGCAAAGAACAUUUCAUGUGGCACAGCCACUCCCUCUCUAUGUAUAAAUGUCACAAGAUCUGAUAUUCCACACUGGUUUAGCCAUAAGUCUGCUAACAGAAUCCAUAACCUUCAACAUGCCUUGGAAUAUGUCAAAGAAAAUGGCUGCAGUGACAUUUGUGCAGUCUCUAGAUCAGGGAGGAAACAAAUAAUGGGUUGUCAUUUGAACUACUUCAGGAAAAUGAUUCUCAUGAGGGAGAAGCAUAAUUAUGACAGAGAAGUACCCAUCUCUAGUUGUGGGGUUCAUUUACUAUGGGAUCAACAUGAGAACAUGGUAGCACAAAACCUGAACGAAAAGUCUCCAAUCCUAUUUCACAAAGUUUGCAGUGAACCUAAUUUUGAAAAAUUGAAAGUUUUGAACCUUAGUCACUCCAUAUUCUUAAGAAAAAUUCCUGACCUAUCAACAACGUCAAAUCUUGAGAGCUUACAUGUCGACCAUUGUACAAGUUUAACUGAUAUCCAUGAUUCUGUUGGAUUUCUUACUAAGUUGGUUAUAUUAGACGCUCAACACUGCAGCAAUCUCAGCACUGUCCUAAAGUUGCCUUCCUCCAUUGAUCAUAUAGUUGGACUUCAUGAGUUGCACUUAUCAGCUUCUAGAAAGCUUGUGCAUAUUCCAUCAAGCAUUUAUAAGCCAGUGUUUCUUGACAUCUUUAAUCUUACUAGUUGCACAAGUCUCUCUGAGUUUCCAAACUAUGUCCAAGAAAUACAUGGCAAUUUUGAGCUCAGCGAGUUAUAUCUUCAAAAUUCUAAUAUGUCAAAAGAGGAUUUUCUUGUUACUCCUUUUAGUUUUCCCCUGCUUCAACAUUUGGAUCUAUCGGGUAACAAGUUUGCCACUCUUCCCUCUGCCCGCAAGGGAUUCUUGAGGGACUCAGAAAUUAAAGUUACACUUCCAGGAUCUGAUAUUCCAGACUGGUUUAGCCAUAAGUCAAUAACGGAAUCAGCAACCUUUGACAUGCCUCGGAAUAUGUCAAAGAAAAUAUCUGCAGUGAUCAUUUGUGUUGUCUCAAGAUCAAUGAGGGAGCAAAUAAUAGGAAUGUCAUUUGAACUACUUCACAAAAGUGAUUCUCGUGUAGGGUCUCUUAGAAGAGGAAACUUUUUGAUAGAACUAGGGAAUAUGUGGCUUAUUUAUCUCUCAGCUAGCACCCUUCUUUCCAAAUGCUUGCCAUACUCUCCAUUCAAGGAUACCAAAAAAAGUGUCCUAAAAAAGAUAAAUCUUGUAUACAAAAUCAAGGUAUCAUUCAUGGGCAGAAGCGAUAAAUAUGACUAUGAUUACGAUAGAGAAGUACCCAUCUCUAUUUGUUGUGGGAUGCAUGUACUAUGGGAUCAAGAUGAAUUAAUGAUUGAACAAAAGCGGAUCAAAGUGUCUGAGCCUAUUUCACAUAUUAUUGAGAGAACCUAUGAUGAUUUUGCUAAUGGAGGCAUCCAAUUCAGUUGGAGUUCACAGCAGAAAGGGGCAGGUCUACCCAGCAGGAAGAACAGGUUUGAAAAGGAGGACUUGGAAGAGGAAGAAGAAGUGGCCAACAUUUCUGAAACAGAGAAGAUUAUUGACAACCUUUGA